AAAGAGGAACAAAAACAUCAUACGAAACAUGACAGUUCAAUGUUGGCCAUAGGAUACAAGCUAUUGAUAAACCCUAUUGUGACCCUUACUCUCAAAGUAAAAAGUCUAGGGAGUAUCAAACAAAGAGGAGCUUGCAAAGUAGCUAAGAAGGAUAUAAAAAAGAAAGUUUGUUGGCGUUUUGAAUCAACAUGUUCAGCUUGACGGUACUGCUUGUAGCGGUGACGGUUGCCUCUGCUGCAGACACAACCCAGCCAACAACAACCCAGCCAACAACAACCUGGACAACAACGGUACCACCCUGGCUAAUAACAACUACAAUUCCCUUCAUUCCUGGAUGUGAGAGCUAUGGUUUUUCCUGGCCUGGUCAGCACACCUUGGGUGAAACCUGGCGCGAGCAGUUUGAAGGGCACUGUAAGGACUGUGUCUGUCUGGCGACUGGCAAACAGUGCGAGCCUUGUCCACCCAGAGCCUGCUACAGCAAACCAUGGGACCAAUAUCAGUAUCCCCCGUUGGCUGUAGGCGAGACAGCCAUUAUAGAGCUGAUUCCAGGCUUCUGCGUUUUGUGUGAAUGCCAGGACUACUCGGCCUCGUGUAGCAGCUAUCCUUGUGACGGCAUCAUAGCUUAAAGGCACGACCAGAGGAAGAACAGAUGUACCGUACAUUAAUGUGCAUACAGCAAUAAAACAUCUG